GCCUCCCUGCCGAGCCAGGAGAAGGCCCCGGGUCAGACCUAGAUAGAUAGAUAGACUUCCUUUAUUGUCAUUGGACAAUAACACAGCAGUGAAAUUGCCAACAAAAUGUUGCUGCCUGGUUCCUGUAUAAUAUCAGAGACAAAAGAAGAUAAAUAAUAAUAAAUAAUAAUGUGGACAAUAAAUAGACCUAGGACAGCUGGCCUGGGAACGCCUUGGUGUCCUCCUAGUGGAACUGGACCAGGAAGUCUUCCCUACAGACUGUUGACCCCGCGACCCAGACCCAGAUAAGUGGAGGAGAAUGGAAUUGAAUAGUAAAAAAAAAAUAUGGAGCACUUUUAAUAUAGUUUACUAUAUACUACAUACUGACCAUCAGCUAUAAAACACACGUACUUAGUCUCUUUUCUAGAACAUGAUUGCAGUUAAGCAGCCAAUACUUUGUUGUGUUCAUGUGUACUGUCGCCAUACACAUGAUGCAAGCGAGACACCAAGUUAAAAACUACAUUUCCCAGUGUGCACCGCGCAAUUCGAGCACCAUCCAUGCUAGGAUGAGGCAAAACGUUUGAAUGCGCGUGGCUCUUGUAAAUAGCUCCACGUAAAGACACUCGAGCCGCAUCAUUAGAUAUAACAUGCUGGUUCCUCUAUGAGGUUUAUUCACUGGUAUCUGAUAACCAAGGGGUUUUAUUGCUAGCGUAUUUUCCGGGUGAGUUUUUCGCCAUGUUAUCGUCUCUUCCUACCAGGCUAUUUGCACGAAGGUCACGGAGCCUGUCACCGUGCAGCCGUGUCCUCCAGACAAGUGCAGGCGCUCCUGCGUGUCAGGGUAUCCGACAGCCACCGGCGGAAAACAGCCGCAACCCCAUCGUAUCCACGUCCCGGGUUUCAAGACGGGGGAUUUUGGCUGAUGACACUGCGGCUAACAGUGGGAUUCAAUCGGUGCAGUACCACCAUCUCGCCCCUAGAUGGCUGUCGAACCUGGAGAACCGGCGCAGCUCCUGGGCCGCGCUGGCCAGCAGAGGGCGCCACAACAAGCUGUACUGGGAGGAUGCUGGUCAGAAAGAUGGAGGUGAGGGUCGGGGUACAGGAGGAGGAGCCAGCGGGGCACAGGUGGCCUCUGCCGGUCUGCUGUCUGCUGCAGCCGUGGCUUUCUGCCUGAAGAAAGACUCUGAUAACAAAGGUGAUGCCCUUUUGGAGGCAGCAAGGACCAAUAAUCCUCAAGAUGUGACCAGACUGCUGCAGGAAGGGGUCGAUCCAAACUACCGUCACCGUCUUGGCUGGACCGCUCUCAUGGUGGCUGCCAUGAACCGACAGCACAGUGUGGUGAAGGUUCUGCUUGAAGCUGGUGCUGACCCAAAUGCUGGAGAUCACUUCAACAAUGUCUAUGACACCUCGAGGGAGAAAGGCAUCCACUCAUUGGAAGUGCUGGUGUCCAGAGAGGAUGAAUUCAGCAGCAGGCUCAGCAGCAGAGCUGGUUUUCGUGGCUGUUCAGCGCUUCACUAUGCCACCCUAGCUGAUGACCCGGACACCGUUCGUAUGCUGCUGGAGUUUGGUGCCAACCCCCUACAGACCAAUGCUUUGGGACACUCGGCACGGGCCUAUGCCAAAGAAGGGGAAGUGGGUACGCUUCUGCAGGAGUGGGAAGGCAAGUUCCAGGAGGCGCAGGCUAAGCGAGAGGCGGAGGAAAGGAGGAGGUUCCCCCUGGAGAGGAGGCUGAAGGAGCACAUCAUCGGACAGGAAGGGGCCAUCAACACCGUCGCUUCAGCCAUCAGAAGGAAGGAGAACGGCUGGUACGAUGAAGAGCAUCCGCUCGUGUUCCUCUUUCUUGGCUCAUCAGGAAUUGGAAAGACGGAGUUGGCCAAACAGGUGGCGCGCUACAUGCACAAGGACAUCAAAAAGGGGUUCAUCCGGAUGGAUAUGUCGGAGUUCCAGGAAAAGCAUGAGGUAGCAAAGUUCAUUGGCUCUCCACCGGGAUACGUCGGACACGAGGAAGGAGGUCAGCUGACCAAACUGUUGAGGGCGUGUCCUAACGCCGUUGUCCUGUUUGAUGAAGUGGAUAAGGCUCACCCUGAUGUCCUCACCAUCAUGCUGCAGCUCUUUGAUGAGGGUCGUCUUACAGACGGCAAGGGAAAGACCAUUGAAUGUAAAGACGCCAUCUUUAUCAUGACGUCAAACGUUGCAAGUGAAGAAAUUGCCCAGCAUGGUCUACAGCUGCGGCAGGAAGCAGAGGAGGUCAGCCGCAGGAAGCUGGCAGAUAAUCUUGAGGACGUCCAGAAAGGUGAUGACAUCAGAAUCUCAAGGCAGUUUAAAGAUUCCGUUAUUCGACCGAUCCUGAAGGCACAUUUCCGGAGGGACGAGUUUCUUGGUCGGAUCAAUGAAAUCGUCUACUUCCUGCCCUUCUGUCACUCGGAGCUGCUCCAGCUGGUCAGCAAAGAGCUUAGCUUUUGGGCUAAGAAGGCAAAGCAGCGCCAUGACAUCACUCUCCAGUGGGAUCGCCCAGUCCUGGACCUGUUGGCGGGCGGAUAUAACUUGCAUUAUGGAGCACGUUCUAUCAAACAUGAGGUGGAACGGCGGGUGGUAAACCAGCUGGCUGCAGCCUACGAGCAGGAGCUGCUGCCCAAAGGCUGCACCCUACGCCUCUCUGUCCAGGCCGAGAACCGCGAGGAGCGCGGGGCGGCCAGUCUACGCUUGGAGGUGGUCGGGGAGGACAGCUCAUCCAGAACGCUGGACAUCCGCCCUCCGCUCAGCCCCGAACAUUAAGAGUUUGGAACGUAUUUAGCAAUAAAAAAAAAAGUACCUCUGAUACUGCAACACAUCACGGCCUCUUUUCUUUCACUACACACGUGCACUAGCAAUAUGGCAAUUUUAACACAACCUCCAGGACGCAUGUCUUGCACACUCAUAUAUGUGCGUCGUUAUCAUUACAAACAUGUUGUGCAAAGCAUAAGCUAGUUGAAAAAUAUUAAAUAUUCUGUAUAUCAUAGAUGUGUGAUAUUCACUUUAAUAUUAAUGCACAUUGUACAUAUAGCAAGAAUCCCUCACAAGCACUGGUUGAUAAAUAUUACAAUACAAUUUAGCAGAUGUACAUCAGUCCAGUUGAAUUAUGGUGUUAUAUAAAUACAAGUUUUAUGUGACUUGCUUCUGAUUAUGCAUGCUAAUUAUGAAGAGUUUGUGCUGUGUUGACAUUAAGAGAAAUUUUGCGCUGUGAAGAAUAGAAUAUUCCCAUUAAAGAAUGGAUCAUAAAUGUUUCAGAUGUAAUGGAACCACAUUUGUCACCGUUGUGUGCCAACCUCUGUCGUGUAAAUAAAGUCGUCACAACAAAAAGCUAAUUC